AUGGAAAAGUUAGGAAUGGAAAUGGUUGAACAAUGCGGGGGCUUACCUCUAGCCAUUGUGGUGCUUGGAGGAUUUCUAGGAACAAACUUGACCCUGAGCCAUUGGCAGAAAGUGCAACAAAAUUUUAGUUCUUAUCCAAAAAGAGGAGAAUACAUCGGAGGAGAACAAGAUGGAAAAGUAUUGGAUGUGUUAGCUUUGAGUUACCAAGACUUACCAUAUCAGCUCAAGGCAUGUUUCCUUUAUUUGGGCAAUUAUCCUGAGGAUUUUGACAUUGAUGCAGAAAGACUAUAUCAAUUGUGGAUGGCUGAAGGCUUCAUAUCCCAAGAAGAAAGAGGAGAAGACGAAACCAUGAUGCAUGUAGCGGAACGUUACUUGGGUGAACUAGCACAAAGGUGCAUGGUUCAAGUGGAAUUGCAGCCAGAGGAGUAUUCAAUAAUUAGAGAAAGCAGAGGGUUUCGAUGCUGUCGACUUCAUGAGCUCAUGAGGGAUUUAUGUUUGUCAAAGGCAAAAGAGGAAAACUUUCAUCAGGUCAUUGAAUAUGGGCAUAUAAAUCAGCAAGAGCAUCCCUCUUCUUUAUCCAUGGUGACAUCAAUUGGUGGUAACACUUACCGUAAAAUACACAGACUUGUCAUCAAUCUAGAUAAGAAGAAUAGUAGCUUUCGUCUCUUUGAACAAGAAGAAAGAGCUCAGCAUAUUCGGACAAUUUUAUUCUUCACAGGUGAUGAUUGUGAUUAUUCGUCUGGAGAACAAUUGACCUGUUUAUCCAAAGAAUCUAAAUUUCUUAGAGUUAUAAAUUUCGAUGGAAAUACAAUUGGCAAUACAGAAGGAACAAAAGAGUUACCAAGAGAAAUAGGAAACCUUAUCCUUUUGAGGUACUUGGGUCUAAAUAUGACUGCAUUCACAAAGUUGCCAUCAUCAAUAGGCAACCUUAGACACUUGCAAACCCUUGAUUUGCGAACAUCCUAUCAUCGUAAGAUCAGUAUUCCAAAUGUGUUAUGGAAGAUGGAAGGAUUGGUACAUCUUUAUCUUCCUUUGUUUGGUCGCUUUUGUACAAAAGUCAAACUACGAGUAGAUGGUUUGAGGAAUCUGGAGACGCUACAAAACUUGGAUUCAGAUAAGGUUAAUGUUAGAGAUCUCUUCAAAUUACCCAAUCUCCGAAGAUUGGAGAAUCUAUGCGUACGAGGAAAGCUUAAGGACCUAACAAUGGUCAAUAACUUCAUCCUUAACAGCAACCAUCGACUACAACACACAUCCAUUACUAUUGAAAAUUGUGAUUUUUGUUCAGAAGAUGGAUUAAGCCUCCUGAGACAACUGCUUGGGUGUGUUUGCCUUGUUCGAUUGCGUAUAGAUGGGUUUAUAGGUAAGUUACCACAGUAUGAACACCAGUUAUUAUGCUCAAGCCUUACCUUUUUAUUGCUGCAGAACUAUAAACUUAAGGAAGACCCAAUGGCAACACUGGAGAAGUUGCCAAACUUAAGGAUUCUAUUCUUAGGUUCUGCCUUUGUAGGAAAGGAAAUGGUUUCCUCUACUCAUGGUUUUCCUCAUCUCAAGAGACUAAAUCUUUGGUAUUUAGAAAUUGAGGAGUGGAGGGUGGAUCACGGAGCCAUGCCUAAACUUUCUUCUCUACAGAUUGCAUUUUGUAAGAAAUUGCAGAUGCUUCCGAAUGCAUUGAGAUUCAUCCCUACCCUCCACGAAUUGCAGAUUUCUUGUAUGCCUAAAGCAUUCAAUGAUAGGCUUCGAGUGGUCGAUGGCCAAGAAGGAGAGGAUUUUCACAAAAUUAGCCACAUCCUUUCCAUUCGUUUUGAAGGUAAAACAAUUCCUUUUUCUGGAUGA